UUUUUUUUGUAAUUUCCACCUUUACUCUCGCUCAUUUCUCUCGUUCACGAAAUAUAACAAUAAAAAUAAUGUCACCUCGCAGGCCGAAGCGGAAGACCAGCGACCCGUCGCUUCCCUCGCACUUCUCAAUGGUGCGCUCAUUCCAGCUGGCCGACUUUGUCACCCUCGGAAAUGCCGUCUGCGGCUGCCUCAGCCUCAUGUUUGCAAUGAAAGCGCUGCUCACACAAAACACUGACUUUCUCUUCACCUCCUUCUGGUGCAUUCCGGCCGGUGUGUUUUUCGACUUCCUCGACGGCCGCGUUGCCCGCUGGCGCCAGUCGACCAGUAUAUUAGGCCAGGAACUCGACUCCUUGGCCGAUUUUUGUUCCUUUGGUAUUGCGCCUGCAGUUCUGGGCUUUGCCUGCGGAUUCCAAAAGAUGCUCGAUUUGGUUGUACUCACGUAUUUCGUGUGCUGCGGACUGGCUCGCUUGGCCAGGUUCAACGCCACAGUAGCUGCUAUGCCAACUGAUUUCAAUGGCAAGAUCAAGUUUUUUGAGGGCACCCUAUACCAACCACGCUGGUCAUUGUCGUUUUGGCGCUUUGCUAACCCCGAAUACCAGCAUGAGGGCCCGUUUGCGUCGUUCAGUCAGGCGUUUACUCCCGAUAAUGUGUGGGGCGGAGAGGUCUCGCUUUUCCCCGGGUAUGAACUUCAUCCGUUGGUGCUCAUGUAUGCCGUCAGCGGCACGCUGAUGAUCAGCCGACGCCUGCGUAUUCCCAAACUUUAAUUGUAAUAUUAAUGGACAUAAUAAUCCCACAGAUUGAAUCGAAACAAAUGAUUGAUUUGAUUUGCACGCAUAUAUGAACAUAUAUAAACCAACUAACAUCUCUAUUUUUAUUUAUAUUUAACUUGUUAUUUAAAUAUAAAAUAUAAAAUAUUUA